AUGGUGUAUCCACUGUCCGUUGUUUUGGCCGUGGCCAAGAAGCACUGCUUCUACGACGAGAAUGUCACGCACCCUCCUACCAGGGAGGCCGUGGACCAAAUCGUCCAGCAAACGGCACACGAUGACAAGGCCGAGCAACUGGCCGCUUGGCCGCUGCUACACAAAGAAACACUAUAUACCACGAUACAGCGACUCGUCAACGACACGAGCCCCGAAAACACAUAUCGCCAGUCGAGCUACGUCAGCAUCACCGGCGGCGGCCGCGGUGCCCAGCCGCUCUUCUUCGCCACCGACGGCGCCGAGAACCGCCGCCAGCGAGCCGAGUUUGGCAGCCUCAUUGCCAGCACCGGCACGCUCAGCAGCCGCGACUGGGUCGUGAGCAUGCACUCAGGCGGCGGCUUAUACAGAGCGCUCGACCUGACGCUGGAAAUCAUGGAGUGCGCCGGCGCGUGCACGCUCGCCGCCGGCAGCCACAUGCCGCUGCCCGACGUCGUGCAGCUGCUCAUCAAGUACCACGCCAACGCCGUGUCGGGCGACAGCAGCCAGAUUGUCAACCUGGCGCGCCACGUGGCGACGCUGCCGCCCGAGACGCGGCACCAGAUCCGCCUCGACAAGAUCGUCUACACGUCCGAGGUGCUCACGCGCGCGCAGCGCGCCUUUCUCCGCGCCACGCUCGGCGACGCCGUCGCCGUCUGCUCGCUGCUGGCCAGCGCCGAGUCCGGGCCCUGGGCGCUCAGCAACCCGGCGCUGACCGGCGACGGCGACGGCGACGCCGCAACCGACUUUGUCUACGACACGCGCACCAUGCUCGUCGAAAUCUUCCCCGACCAGGUCGGCCGAGCGCGGCCGCUGCCCGACGGCGCCACUGGCAUGAUUGUGCUGACGUCGCUGUGCCGCCUGCGCAACCCCCUCGUGCGGUACGUCUCGGGCGACGUGGGCUCGCUGCACGAGCUGCCCCCGACAGCGGCGGUGGUGGCGGACCGCGCGCACCUGCGCGUGCUGCGGCUGCAGGGCCGCGACCGCCGCUUCAGCUUCGACUGGGAGGGCGACUACAUUGAGUUCCGCAACCUGGCGGCCAUUGCCGACGACCCGCGCUACGGGCUGCUCCAGUGGCAGGCCAUUUUGCAGAACGGCGCGCAGGACCUGCUGCCGUGCCUCGAGCUGCGCGUGCUGCCGAGCGGCGCGCGGGACAAGGACCUGGAGGCGGCGCUGCUCAAGCACAUGGCGGAGCGCGUGCGCGUGCUCUUGUCGCUGGAGGGGGAGGAGGAGUCAUUUUGCAUGCGCGUGCUGGAGAACACGGACGGGUUUGAGAAGAGCACGACAGGGCGCAAGGUGGUCAAGUUUAUCGACCGUUUCAACGAGAGAGGAGACUUGGACGCGGCAGGAAUAAAGGAAAGUGUCUAA